AUGUCUCAUGUAGCUGUUUCGUUCAAUAUUGCUGAAUAUACAGCUAAUGUAAAUGCACUUGGAACUUUACGCUUGCUAGAGGCAAUUCGUAUUAAUAACCUUGAACAUAAAACUAAGUUUUAUCAAGCGUCUACUUCUGAAUUAUUUGGUAAAUCUCCACCACCUCAAAGUGAAAUAACUGCUUUUAAGCCACAGUCGCCAUAUGCCAUAGCAAAAGCUUAUGCUUAUUGGAUUACUAUAAAUUAUCGAGAAGCUUAUGGUAUUUAUGCCUGUAAUGGUAUUUUAUUUAAUCAUGAAUCACCACGCAGAGGUAAAACUUUUGUUACUCGUAAAAUAACCAAAGGUAUUGCUAAUAUUGCUUAUGGUUUAGAAAAAUGUUUGUAUCUUGGUAAUUUGAAUGCUAUUCGAGAUUGGGGUCAUGCUAAAGAUAGUGUACGCAUGCAAUGGCUUAUGCUUCAACAACAGCAAGCAGAUGAUUUUGUUAUAGCUACUGGCAAGCAACUUACAGUGCGUGAUUUUGUAAUUAUGGCUGCUAGUCAAAUAGGUAUUAAGCUUAACUUUAGCAAUAAUGGAAUUGAUGAAAUAGCUACAGUUGUUACAGUUGAUAACAAUUUAGCCCCUGCUGUUAAAAUAGGAGAUAUUAUAAUUAGAGUUAGUACUAAAUAUUUUCGACCUAGUGAAGUUGAAAACCUUUUAGGAGAUGCUACUAAAGCAAAAACUAAAUUAAACUGGCAAGCAGAAUUUAGUGUUGUUGAUGUAUGUCGAGAAAUGCUUACUCAGGACUUACAGCAAGCAAAAUUAGUUAAGCAAGCACAACUAAAAAAUAUUAAAGUACCAACUGAAGCAGAGUUAACAUGA